CCACAUGCAGCUUACUUCCAUGGCGGCCAAAACCCAGCACCACCGCUGUUUCUUCUUCUUCUCCACUGUUCUUCUUCUUUCCGGCCGCCUCCAGGCUCAGAACCUUCAAACCUACAUAGUUCAGCUCCACCCACUUGGAAUGGCCACCCCUUUCUACUCUUCCAAGCUUCAAUGGCAUCUCUCCCUCCUCCAACAAUUCCUAGUUUCCCCGAAAUCUGAUCCUUCUUCUCGUCUUCUUUACUCUUUCCACUCCGCCAUUGAAGGCUUCGCGGCUCUUCUGUCCCAAGACGAGCUUCGCUCGAUGCAAAAACACCGCGAUGUUAUUGCGAUCAGGCCCGACAACAAGCUCCAGCUUCACACUACUUAUUCAUACAAGUUCUUGGGCCUCAACCCCACCGGGCAAGGCGGCUGGUACAAGUCCGGUUUCGGGCGGGGCUCCAUAAUUGGAGUGCUUGACACCGGAGUUUGGCCGGAGAGCCCCAGCUUCGACGACCGGAGCAUGCCGCCGGUGCCCAGAAAGUGGAGAGGGAUUUGCCAACAAGGGCAAAAUUUCAACUCUUCAAACUGUAACCGGAAGCUCAUUGGCGCCAGGUUCUUCACCAAAGGCCACAAUCUAGCCGCUUUAUCAUCGGCCCACAACGCUGUCGCGGAGUAUGCAUCGCCGAGGGAUUCUCAGGGCCAUGGAACUCAUACCUCGUCCACCGCGGCCGGUGCCGCCGUGCCGAUGGCCAGCGUGCUCGGCAGCGGAGCUGGGGUGGCCCGAGGCAUGGCUCCCGGCGCCCGCAUCGCCAUCUACAAAGUCUGCUGGAUCAACGGCUGCUACAGCUCCGAUAUAUUGGCCGCCAUGGACGCAGCCAUUAGAGACGGCGUGGACGUGCUUUCCCUCUCGCUGGGUGGCUUCCCGGUCCCCCUCUACGAAGACAACAUCGCCAUAGGGAGCUUCCGAGCAAUGGAGAAGGGAAUAUCAGUGAUAUGUUCAGCCGGUAACAACGGCCCGAUAGAGAAUUCAGUUUCCAACGACGCUCCCUGGAUCGCCACGGUAGGCGCCAGCACGCUUGACCGGAGAUUCCCCGCCGUAGUCCGGUUGGCCAACGGAAAAUUGCUGUACGGGGAAUCGCUGUACCCUGGAAACCGGGUGCCGGCCGCUCAGAGAGAGCUCGAGCUGGUUUAUGUCACCGGUGGGGAGAGUGCAAGUGAAUUCUGUCUAAGAGGGUCGCUUCCAAAGGCGAAGGUUCGAGGAAAAAUGGUGGUCUGUGAUCGAGGCAUCAACGGCAGGGCAGAGAAAGGCCAGGCUGUGAAGGAAGCCGGCGGAGCCGCCAUGGUUCUGGCGAAUACGGCGUUGAACUUGGGGGAAGACUCGGUGGACGCCCAUGUCCUGCCGGCGACGUUGAUCGGCUUCGACGAAUCCGUCGAGCUUAAGGGCUACAUGAACUCAACGACCAGACCCAGAGCCAAAAUCAUAUUCGGAGGAACUGUGAUCGGACGAUCCAGAGCUCCGGCCGUGGCCCAGUUUUCAUCAAGAGGGCCGAGUUUUAUAAACCCUUCGAUCAUCAAACCGGACGUAAUUGCUCCAGGGGUCAACAUUAUUGCGGCGUGGCCACAAAACCUGGGCCCCACGGGGCUUCCAGAAGAUUCCAGAAGAGUGAACUUCACCGUCUUGUCCGGCACCUCCAUGGCUUGCCCCCACGUCAGCGGUAUCGCCGCCCUGCUCCACUCCGCUUAUCGGACGUGGACUCCGGCGAUGAUCAAGUCGGCCAUCAUUACGACGGCGGACUUCACCGACCAUUUAGGGAAGCGGAUUCUGGACGGGGACAAGCCGGCGGGAGUCUUCGCCAUGGGAGCUGGGCAUGUGAAGCCGGAGCGCGCCAUGAACCCGGGACUGGCAUACGAUAUCCGGCCGGAGGAAUACGUCGCCUAUCUCUGCACGAUGGGGUACACGAGGGCUGAAAUCUUCACCAUUACUCACCGCAACACGAGCUGCCGGCAAAUUAAGCGAUUCAGCCUGAACUACCCCUCCAUCUCGGUGACUUUCCGGCGGGGGGUGGCCGAAAGGAUGGUGGAACGGCGGCUGACGAACGUGGGGAGCCCGAAUUCCAUUUACUCGGUGGAAGUGGUGGCGCCUGAAGGAGUGGAAGUGAGGGUUACGCCUCGGCGACUGGUGUUCAAACGGGUGAACCAGAGCUUGAGCUACAGAGUGUGGUUUGUAUCGAAGAAGAGCAGGGGAAUGGAGAAUUUGAGCAUGGCCGAGGGGCAGUUGACGUGGAAGCAUUCUCAGAACAGGUUUUACAGGGUCCGAAGCCCCAUCGCAGUGACAUGGAGAUCCAAUCCACGUAACUAGCUAGCUUGCCAUGGAACUGUAGCAGCUGGACGCAACUGCUGUUUUCUUCUUCAUAUAUUGUUGGGUGUUUGAAGGCCGACGCCAUUGAAAGAUCUGAGGAUCUUGUCUUCUGAGUUGAACGUCAUUCCCUUUAU